AUGCUGCGAAGGCAAGCUGGAGAAGAAGACAGCGUGGUGCUGAUCGACAUGGUCUCCCCCGAAGCAGGCAACGGGUGCUCCUAUGGGAGCACAGCCCAAGCCUCAGAGGCAGGUAAACAGCAGCCCAGCAGAGUUGGGAGCUCUGCCAAACCCCUAAUUGAUUUUGUUCUUGUUUGGGAAGAAAACCUGAGGAACCAAGAGAACUCCACGCAGGACAAGACAGACACACAUGAGGUCUGGCGGAAGACUUUUCUGGAAAAUCUUUGUUUGGCUGGCCUGAAAAUAGAUCAGCAUGAUGUCCAGGACGAGGUCUCUGCAGUUCAUUACGUCCUCCUCAGCGCACCCUGGGCUGUGCUCUGUUACUAUGCAGAAGACCUGCGCCUGAAGCUGCCUCUGCAGGAGUUACCCAACCAGGCUUCCAACUGGUCAGCGACCCUUCUGGAGUGGCUGCGCAUCCCCAAUAUCCUGCUGGAGCAUGUACCUGACACGCCCCCGGAGUAUUACUCCUGCCAGUUCAAAGCAAGCAAGCUGCAAUGGUUCCUUGGGAGUGACAACCAAGAUACCUUCUUCACCAGCACCAAGAGGCACCAGAUUCUAUUUGAGAUCCUGGCUAAGACUCCAUACGGCCACGAGAAGAAAGGCUUGUUCGGGAUUGAUCAGCUGCUGGCAGAAGGUGUAUUCAGUGCCGCCUUCCCUCUGCAUGACGGCCCAGUCUCUGCAGUCCCAGGGAGCUCGAAGCUCUUGGGUCUCACCCAGCGCCAAGUCUUACUCCAGCACUGGGCUCGCUGGGGCAAGUGGCACAAGUACCAACCACUGGACCAUGUGCGGAGGUACUUUGGGGAGAAGGUGGCUCUCUACUUUGCCUGGCUUGGGUUUUACACUGGUUGGCUCCUGCCUGCCGCAGUGGUGGGCACAGUGGUCUUCCUGGUGGGCUGUUUCCUGGUGUUCUCAGACAUACCAACGCAGGAGCUGUGCCACAGCUCGGACAGCUUCGACAUGUGCCCACUGUGCCCGGACUGUUCUUUUUGGCUGCUUUCCAGUGCCUGCACCCUGGCCCAGGCUGGGCGUCUCUUCGACCAUGGCGGCACCGUCUUCUUCAGUUUGUUCAUGGCACUGUGGGCAGUGCUGCUUCUGGAGUACUGGAAGCGGAAGAAUGCCACGUUGGCUUACCGCUGGGACUGCUCUGACUAUGAAGACAUCGAGGAGAGGCCUCGGCCCCAGUUCGCCGCAACGGCUCCCAUGACAGCCCUGAACCCCAUCACGGGGGAAGAUGAACCCUACUUUCCUGAGAAGAACCGUGUACGCCGCAUGCUGGCUGGUUCUGUGGUGCUUAUGAUGAUGGUGGCUGUGGUGAUUAUGUGCCUUGUAUCUAUUAUCCUGUACCGGGCUGUCAUGGCUAUCAUCGUGUCCAAGUCAAACAAUGCCUUCCUCUCGGCCUGGGCUUCACGGAUUGCCAGCUUCACAGGGUCGGUGGUGAACCUUGUCUUGAUCCUCAUCCUCUCCAAGGUCUAUGUGGUCCUGGCCCAGGUCCUAACAAGAUGGGAGAUGCACCGGACGCAGACUGCGUUUGAGGAUGCCUUCACGCUCAAGGUGUUCGUCUUCCAGUUUGUGAACUUCUACGCUUCACCCGUGUACAUUGCCUUCUUCAAGGGCAGGUUUGUGGGAUACCCUGGCAACUACCACACCUUGUUUGGAGUCCGAAAUGAGGAGUGUCCAGCCGGAGGCUGCCUUAGUGAGCUGGCACAGGAGCUCCUGGUCAUCAUGGUGGGCAAACAGAUCAUCAAUAACGUGCAAGAGGUUCUUGUCCCCAAGCUGAAAGGCUGCUGGCAGAAGUACUCCAGGAGGAAGAAGGCUGCAACAGGGACCCAGCCAGCACCUUGGGAGGCCGACUACGAGUUGUUGCCUUGUGAGGGGCUGUUUCAUGAAUACCUUGAAAUGGUGCUGCAGUUUGGAUUCGUCACCAUCUUCGUGGCCGCCUGCCCGCUGGCGCCGCUUUUUGCCCUACUCAACAACUGGGUGGAGAUCCGCCUGGAUGCUCGCAAGUUCGUGUGUGAGUACCGGCGCCCCGUGGCGGAGCGCGCCCAGGACAUCGGCAUCUGGUUCCACAUCCUAGCGGGCCUCACACACCUCGCAGUCAUCAGCAAUGCCUUCCUGCUGGCCUUCUCCUCCGACUUCCUGCCACGUGUCUACUACAGCUGGACGCGCGCCCCAGACCUGCAUGGCUUCCUCAAUUUCACGCUGGCCCGAGCGCCGCCCACUUUCACCUCGGCCCACAACCGCACUUGCAGGUACCGGGCUUUUCGGGAUGAUGAUGGACACUAUUCUCCGACUUACUGGACUCUCCUGGCCAUCCGCCUGGCCUUUGUCAUCGUGUUUGAGCAUGUGGUGUUCUCCAUUGGCCGUUUUCUGGAUCUCUUGGUUCCUGACAUCCCAGAAUCCGUGGAGAUCAAGGUGAAGCGGGAAUACUACUUAGCUAAACAGGCACUGGCUGAGAAUGAGGUCACAGCGGGGAUUACCGGAGGCAGACACUUGCCUAGAAAACUGUUGAAGGUGCACCAAGAGACAGCUCACUACUGUGGGUCUUCUGGAGACCAUGGCUGUGCUCCCGGCCCCAACUCUACUCCUCCCCACCCGUGGUUUAGAAUAACCACGACCCUUGGCAGCCACGGUCCUCUGCUCACACAUUCUGCUCCGUCACCACCCCUGCUGUUCCUUAAGAGAGAGAUCUGCUGACCUUAGGGGCUAUCCCCUACUGCCAUUCCUAAGUCCCAUGAGCCUGCAACUUGUCUCUCAUCCUCCCCUCUCCUCAUCCCCUCACCCACGCCUCUCAAGGCAAAAAGGUCUGUCUGAAAUGCUGGCUUCUGUGGCUCUCAGUUUUGCUGACCAUUGUACUCAGUAUCUUGUUCUUCCUUUGCUUCACCUAUCCUCUCCCCAAUAUCACUAAUGAAGUUCCUAUCUCUAAACCAAAGGCUGAGGGCCCUCUGUAUGCAUUCCUGAAUCUUAGAGAGGAGGAAGUGGCUUCACUCUUCCUCACCCCCACCAUGGCAAAACUCUUCUGCCAACUGAACGGUUAGACUCUGGGGUCCCUGCCUUCUCAGGGCUUUGCUCCGUUCUUUUGCAGCAUUGCUGUGGUAGUAUAGUGUCGGAUCACCCCUCCAGAUCCACUGCCUUUCCUCACAUGGUCAUUACCAGGCACACCAGGCUCUUACACCUGAUACCAUGUCCCAGGCCACAGUCCUAGGAUGUCUGCUUACCUCUGUCAGCUGUUAGCUAAACAGGCACUGGCUGAGAAUGAGGUGAGUCCCAAGCCCAACCUGUUGGCCUUACAGCCCAGAACCACACACUCAGGUCACAUGACUAAAGCAAGAACCUCAAUGUCUGCCUAAGUCAGUCCUAGCAGCACAUCUGUCAGGGUUCUUUGCUAUCGUGGCCUCUAUCCUGACAGACCGAGGACCUCUGCAGGAUACCCUUUGCCUCCUGUGUGCUUUCUGGUGCUGGGCCAGAAACUCUACACAAGUACGGAAAGGGAAAGGCUAUGGAAUGCAGUCUUCUUACCCCUUACAGUGCAAAACAGAAAACACAACAGAUUCCUGUGACACCUAGUGGGCCUGUCCUCCCCCCCCCCCCCCCACACACACAGUGUUUACAUACAGUUGCUUCUUAGAUUGGGCACAAUGUGGGUGGGCCUUUCCGGUUGCUUGCCUUCUGUUGCUGGGUUCAGUUGUUACUGUCAGUUGCCAGUUCUUUCCUAAUUUAGCCAACCACUCAUGAUGGAUAUGUUAUGGGCCUUUCCUGCCAUUCUACCAUGCUGGAAUAAAGGUUUGAAAGUCA